UAUUUCACAUUCACCAACUUUACUCUACACAUACUUCGUUAUAAUGUAUACGUGUAGUAAGUGUGGAAAAAACUUUACGCGGUCGGAUAAUUUACACCGCCAUGCAAGAAAUAUUUGCAAAAUAGAACUUGAAUCCUACCAGUCAAGCUAAGAAAAUCAAGCUGGACAGCUCACCUGAAAACAUGAUUUGUCCAUGCUGUAACAUAACGCUUCUGAAAAACCGAAUGACCACCCACACAAGAACAUUACAACAUAGAACAAAAUCAGCUGUGCCAAUGAGUGAUGGUGUAAGACUUAUCUACAGUGCAUUCAGAUGCAGAAUUGCCAGUUACAGAUUCAGUGCAACAGAUGCAUAUAUCAACUUUCAAGACUUUUUCCGCAACAUCCAACAAAAUGUGCUUGAUGUUAUAGAAGAGAAGCUUCUAGUAUAUAAAGCGUUGAAGGUGAAUAUGGAGGUGUUUGGAAAAUAUGUGUUACAAAGCAAAUAUGUCGAUACAACCAACAAAGUAAUAGAUAUGGGAGUAGAUCUACCUAUUGUUUACAAGCAUUUCACUGACGAGAUUAUAUCACAGUCAUCGGAGUUUGAUGAAAAGGAUUCUGGAUGGGCCAUAGAAACUGUUCUGUUUGCUGAAGUGUAUAUAAAUAAGUUUUCACCAUUUGGAGGACCAUCUUUCAUCAAGUUGCCACAUUUUAUCGAGAAAAAGAAGGCAAUUAUCAACGUUUAAAAUAAAGAUGAGUAUUGUUUCGCUUGGGCUGUGACAUCUGCACUGAUGCCAGCUCACGCUCACGCAUCACAAACAUCUUCCUAGCCGCACUUCUCUACAUUCCUGAAUGUUGAUGGUAUGACAUUUCCAGUUAAUCUUAAAGACAUUUCAGUGUUUGAAAAAAUAAUACUAUAUCCAUCAAUGUUUAUGGGCUCGAAAAGAUAAAUAAGAAUGGUAAUAUUACUUAUGAAGUAGUAGGAACAUUGAGAUAUGCUCAAAAGAAGUUAAAAUUUCAUGUUAAUCUACUGUAUUUAACCGAUGAUAAAGGAAACGGUCACUAUUGUUGGAUAAGGGAUCUUUCACGAGUAGUUUCACACCAGAUAAGUUUAAAUGGACAUAAGAAAUAUUUCUGUGAUGGUUGUCUGUUACGUUUUUCAUCUGAAAAGUUUCUUGAUAUCCAUCAAAGAAAUGAUUGUGACCAUGUUUACACAAAAACCCCUACUGAGAAAUUACGAACUGAUGAAUAUGGUAAACAGGUCCCAGAAAACAUAAUUAAAUUUGAAAAUUUUGAAAAGCAAAUGCCAGUACCUUUUGCCUAUUUUGAAUCUCUAUUAAAACCUAUUGAUAGCUGUGAACGAAAUCCAGAACAGUCUUACACAAGUGAAACCCACAUACAUGAACCAUAUACAUUUUCAUAUUUAAUCAGAUCAUCGUUUGAUUCAGAGGUGGUAAAGUUUGCUUUGUAUCGGGGUAAAUACGCUUCUAAAAAAUUCAUUACGGAAUUAGAAGCAGAUUUGAAAUUCCUUUAUUUCAAAUAUAUGAAGGAUGUAACUCCAAUAAUUCCUUUAACAUCGGAUGAGCAAAAUGAAUUUGAUAUAGCUACAACCUGCAAUAUUUGUGAGAAACCAUUUUUAGGAGAAGAUAUAAAAGUCCGCGAUCAUUGUCACAUAACGGGUAAAGUAAGAUCCGGUGCUGCACAUUCCAAAUGUAAUUAAAAUUUCAAGCUACCAAACUACAUACCUAUUAUUAUGCAUAAUCUGAGUGGGUAUGUCUGUCAUCUAUUUAUCAAACAAUUAUCUUCCCAUGGAGAUAAUAUAGAUGUUGUAGCACAAAAUAAGGAAAAGUAUAUCUCAUUUUCAAAAAGUCUAUAUAUGCAUGAUUAUAUCGAUAAAAGUGGUACAGUAAAAAAAAGUUCAUAAAAAUGAGGUUUAUUGACAGUUGUCGCUUUUUACCGGGAUCCUUACAGGCGUUAUCAGAGAGUUUGAAUGAUGAGGAUUUCAUUGAGACUAAAAAGUACUUUACUGAUCCAAGGGUGUUUAAUAUGAUGAGACAGAAAGGCGUCUUUCCAUACAGUUAUCUUGAUAAUUCGAGAAGUUCGAGCAGAAAAAUCUUCCAUCCAAAAGAGAGUUUUAUGAUAAUUUGAACGAUGAAGAUAUAUCUGAAGCAGAGUAUCAACGAGCAAAUGCUAUUUGGAAAACUUUCACCUGUAAGAAUCUAGGUGAAUACUCAGAUGUUUAUUUGCGGACGGAUGUCUUACUGUUAUGUGAUGUGAUUGAGAAGUUCAGAAAUAACAGUUCGAACAUUUAUAAGAUUGAUCCAGCGCAGUAUUAUACGAGUCCUGGAUUAUUCUGUGAUGCGAUGUUGAAGUUUACCCGUGUAAGUUUGACUCUUUUAAUAGAUAUUGAUAUGAUACAUUUUUUAAAAAAGGUAUUCGCAGUGGUAUAAGUCAGUGCAGUGAUAGAAUGCAUGAGGCAAAUAAUAAAUAGUCACCAAACUACAAUCCAUCCAAAGAAUCCACGUUCAUAGCAUAUCUUGAUGCGACAAACCUCUACGGUGACUCAAUCUCAUCGCUUCUUCCUACAGGAAAUUUUGAAUGGAUGAAUGACGGGGAAAUGUCCGCAUUUGAAUUAGAAAACGUGGAAGAACACGGUGAAGAUGGGUAUGUUUUACAAUUUGAUGUGCGGUAUCCUGAAAGCUUACACGAUUCCCACAUCAACCUUCCCUUUCUGGUAGGAAGUAUGAUCCCACUUAACGCUAAGACGAAAAUUCCUAAACUAAUACCAAACUUAUACGAUAAAAAAAGUAUGUUGUACAUUAUCCCGUGCUUCAACAAGCCAUAAAGUACGGUUUGCAAGUAACCAAAAUCCACAGGGUCCACAAAUUCAAGCAAUCGUUAUGGUUGAAAGAAUAUAUUGACCUUAAUGCAUCGAUGAGGAAUAAAACAAAAAAUAAAUUUGAGAGGGACUUUUAUAAGUUACUUAAUAAUUGCAUUUUUGGCAAAUCUUUAGAGGACGUUUUCAAUAGAAGACUAAUUAAACUUAAAACCCAUUGGGAAAAUUUACGCAACAACAUUGGUGGGGAGCCUUAAUAGCGCGUCCAAAUUUCAAAAGUUGUUCCAUAUUUCACGAAAAUUUAGCAGCAGUUCACUUAGGAACCUUGAACGUGUGUUAUUUCAAACCGAUAUAUCUAGGAUUUUGUAUAUUAGAAUUAUCAAAGAUGUAAUGUAUGAAUUCUUCUACGGAUUCCUCAAAAGUCAUUUCCAUGAUAAAAUAUAUAUGUUGUAUUCUGACACUGAUUCGCAAAUUCUAAAAAUACUCACCGAGGAUUUCUAUGAGUUCAGUAGGAAUCAUAUCAAUGAAUUUGACACAUCGAAUUAUGAGAACAAUGAAUUCAAUAUUCCAGUGAAUCAUUCGAUCCUCGGUAAAAUGAAGGAUGAGUUUCUAGCGGAUCCAAUAAUUAGCUUUUAUGGGACGGGUGCAAAAUAUAUAUUAGGUCAGUUAAAAGUGAAAUGAAAAAGGCAAAGGGCGUUAAGAAGUCUGUGAUACGGAAGCAGCUAUCUGGGAGUGACUAUAAGAGAAUAAUCGAAGUAGGUUGGGGGGGGGGGGGGGUAAUUGAGAAAGAUGCAUACUUUUAAAAGCAAAUUACAUGAUGUGUUGAUGUGUAUACGAGGUGAAAAAUAAGGUUGCGAUAGCACAUCAUGAUGAUAAAAGGUUCAUUAUUCCUAACACCACAAAAACUUUACCUUGGGGACACUCUGACAUUGAGUUUUACCAGACUGACCCCUCGUUGAAUGUUAAACAUGCUAUAGGUGCAAUCAAUGAUAUUGCAGAAGGCAUUUUUCCUGAAAAUGGUAAUAUUAAUAAAAUUAAUGUUAGAGGAAGUUUGUAAGUAUUAGAUUUACGUUACGUCAAGCCUGUACAGGUAAAUAAAAGCAAC